GCCUGGCUGUAGCAUGAUAUUAACAUCCCUUAUAAAUGUUGAGCCAGAUAAGGUUCAGACAUAGAUAGAUGCCCCAAGCGUGAUGGAUGCAACGGAGUGGAUCGAAGCCUUCAUCCGAGGGCUGAUGUGUCUGCUCGGGAUCCUGGGGAACAACUGGCUUUGUCUCCGUUCUCUCCCCGGACCCAAGUCCAGUCUCCGCACCAAUGAGGUCCUCUUCAUCAACCUGGCCGUCUCCAACCUCAUCACCAACUACCUGGUGGACCUGCCCAAUACCAUGGCUGACUUUGUUGGCUACUGGUUCCUGGGGGAAGCCUACUGCUGUGUGGUCCAGUUCUGCUCUGAACUGUCAGAGACCAGCAGUGUCUUCUCCACCUUGUUUAUUAGUGUGUUCUGGCACCAGAAGCUGGUGGGCUCUCUGAAACGCGGAGGAGCUCCGAUCCAGCUGGAUAGCCUCUGUCUCGUAGCCUGUCUCCUGGCUGGCAGCUGGACAGUGGCUGUGGUAUUCAGUGUUCCACAAUUAUUCUUUGUCCGGUUGGAGAGUGGUAAUGAGAGCCACGAUGACUGUAUAGAACUAUUUCCCUCCCAAACUGCAAGGCAGACCUAUGAGCCGUUGUAUCUGACCUUCGCUAACGCCCUCCCCAUCACUGGUAUAGCGUUUGCUAGCAUCCAGAUUGUGAUCACUCUGCUAAGGCACCAGGCACGUAUCCAGGGCCUGACUUUGGACCAUCACAAGGGGACAGCUAAUUCUUUACCUAACAACGGACCUUCAGUUGUACACAGCUCGAUCAGUCCCCCCCUCUCCCAGGUCAUAAUCGGGGACAGCAUAGUCAGAGCUCCACCCGAUCUGAAGAGGUCCUCUCAGCCUCCAGCUAAGCCCAGCCCAGUCUCAGGUACUCAGGUGAGGGCAGCCAAGAGCGUGGUGGCUGUGGCCACUGUGUUUGUGGUGUGCUGGGUGACCCACCUGCUGCUGAUGAUGGCCAGCAACAUCCACACGUCCUCCUUGGUGUUGGAGCUGGCCAGCUACAUCGGAUCCUCUUACACCUGCAUCAUCCCCUACAUCUUCCUCUAUGGAGUAAAAAAACUGUCUUUCUCCUGCAGAGGGUAG